AUGGAACAGCACGCCAUGCACUCCAUAACCACAGCAACCACCCCAGCAAUGCCCACAAGCAGCCCAUCCCCCGAAAUGGGCAAACACGCCGGCAUGCACAUGUCCAGCUGCAAGAUCUCCAUGCUAUGGAACUGGAACACCAUUGACUCCUGCUUCCUCUCCUCAACCUGGCACAUCACCUCCAACAGCGAAUUCGCCGGCUCCUGCAUAGGCGUCAUCUGUCUGGUUCUCGUCCUCGAGCUUCUCCGCCGUAUUGGGCGUGAAUAUGAUGCUUUUAUCAUCCGUCGUGCUAGACUCGCCCAGCACAAUCAGUACCUAUCUCUAUCUCUAGCUCCUACGGACACAUCCACCACAGCUCCAGCCGCAGCCACAGCCACAUUUACCCCUACUACAGCAGGGACCACAGCAGAAACAGGACCAUCCACCAUACGCCCCAAACCAACCGAACAGCUCAUCCGCGCGGUGCUACACACGCUGCAAUUUGCAGUAGCGUACUUCAUCAUGCUGCUGGCGAUGUACUUCAACGGGUACAUCAUUAUCUGUAUCUUUAUAGGGGCGUUUCUGGGGGCGUUUAUCUUCUCGUGGGAGGGGUUGAGUUUGGGGGGGGAUAGGAAUGAUGCUACGGCUGUUACGAAGUGCUGUGGAUGA